AUGGCACCCCAAACCACCCAGUUCAGCUACGACUUCUACAAGCCCGACAAACCGACCGACCUAAUCUACCAAGUCGACGCCCACUACCCGAGCGAGACCCCCGUCCUCCGCCUCUCCAAAACCAACGACCUGGACGUCCCUCAGCAGUGGAGCACCGGGCGAGUCCUCUACUCCAAAACCGUCCCUUUCGGGCACGCAGCCGACUUCACCACCACCAUCCAAUUCAUCAUCAGGCCCAAUAACACUGCCCCACAGGCUGACGGCCUCGCCUUCUUCAUAGUCCCCGCUGGCCACAACUUCCCCUCCCAAAUUGGCGGCAACCUCGGCCUCUUUGAACCUUCCGCCUCCAAAACAUCGCACGUGUUCGCCAUUGCCUUCGACACCUACUCUGACAACCCGAACUAUGUUAACCUUGGAAUCGACAUCGAGUCCAGGAAACCCUCGGCUAAGGCGCAGGUCCCCAUCAGCUUUGUUGGGAAGGAGCUCACUCUUAAAGUCUCCUACGUCGCCUCCACCAAAGCAAUCAGCGCCUCUGUCACUGACGGAUCGCAGACUUUCCCGGUCACUUUCACCUACGACUUGAGCCAGAUUCUCCCCUCCAGCGUUCAAGUCGGGCUCGCCUCCUCCACCGGUGUUUACGUCGCAGUUCACGACGUCAACACCUGGGAUUUCACUUCUACCAUCCCGUGA